AUGGCUUCGAAAGGAGAGACCGAGAGUUUGAGCGAGGAGGUAAUUUGUCCUGUCUGCCUGGAGUUCUUCACCGAUCCGGUUAUACUGGAGUGUGGACACAACUUCUGUCGCUCUUGUAUCACACGGUGUUGGGAAAGGCUAAACCUGAAUCCGAUAGGGAAGGAAAGUAAACUUCACUGUGAGGAACAUGAGGAAGAACUGAAGCUGUUUUGUGAAACGGACGAGACACUGAUCUGUGUGAUCUGUGCAGCUGCGCAGCAACACCGAGAGCAUCGAUUCGUGCUGAUUAAAGAAGCUAUUAAAAACUAUAAGGUUCAGCUAAAAUCUUCCUUAGACUCUCUCACAAAAAAUAAAUCAGACUUCCAGGAAAAGGAGCAGCAACAGAAAGAGAUGAUUUCCGGAGUUCAGGAACAGUCACACAGCCUUCAGUCCCACAUCACAUCCCAGUUUGCUGAACUGCGCCAGAUUAUCACUGAGAAAGAGCAGAGCUUACUCAGGGAUCUCAGGGAAGAAGAGAAGCGGAUUCUCAACCUAAUGGAGAAAAAUCUUAUAGUUCUUCAAGAGAAUAUAAGGAUUAUUCAGGAGGAAAUCACUAAGUUAAAGGAACAGUUGGAUCAAAAAGACAGCGUGAUAUUUCUCAAGGAGGAAGCUCGUCGGAACAGAAGGAUUAAUGACGAUGUCCAGGAAUUGUCAGUGACAGAUGAGACCCUACCGGUUGAAAAAGGUACACGAUGUCUCGAACCGGGACCAGAAGAUAUUGAAGGGAGAGGGCGAGCAGCCAGCUGUCUUGAUACACUCUCUGUCACACUGGAUGUGGAAACAGCGAGUCCGUGGCUCGAGGUGUCUGAGGAUCGGAAGAGUGUGAGAUGGACCGGGACACGGAGAAAUCUCCCUGACACCGGGAAGAGAUUCACACACUGGGAUUGUGUGCUGGGAUCAGAGGGAUUCACAUCGGGGAGAUAUUACUGGGAGGUGGAGGUGACGGAGAUUGGGGGCUGGUGGCUGGGAGUCACCGCAGAGUCUGUGAGGAGGAAGGGAUGGUUCAGUCUGAGGCCGGAGACCGGAUUUUGGGUCAUCGGGCGGUAUUGUGAUGUGUUAUAUCGGGAUUGUGACGAGUCCCGUGGUCUCGCCUCCCCCGAGUCCCUUCUCGCUGCCAGUCCCAUCCCCGGGAGGGUGGGAAUUUACCUCAGUUACGAGUCCGGGACAGUUUCAUUUUACAACGCGGAGACCAAGUCCCAUCUCCACACCUUCACUGGGAAUAAAUUCACGGGGAAACUUUAUCCUCUCUUCCGGACUGUGGAUGGAAACCAGUGGCUGAGAAUCUGUUCCGGUUCCGCUCCGCGUCUGUAAACGCGUCGGGUCCCGGGACCGGCGUCAGGAGUAAAGUCCGUGUAAAUAUAAAUGUGCG